UUUUUUUUUUUUUUUUUUUUUUUUUUUUUUUUUUUUUUUNNUUUUGAUUUUUUUAAAAUUGUAAAAUAUUUUUUAUCACCUGAGUGUCUUAGAUCUGGAAUUUUUUCGUUCUUCGUUUGGAGUCGUUUAUUCCAUCAAUUUACCGGAAAUCGCUGUUCCCGAUUUGCUUGAUUUCGCGCUUCCGGUGGAUAAGCGAAAUUUAGGGUUAGGGUUUCUGUGUAUUAGGGAUUUUAUUUUAUUUUGACCAAAUUAAAUUGGGGGUAAUUCAAAUUUCUCGGAAUAACCGCAAUUCUUCGGCCAAUUACUGUAUACCCGAGCUCCGUUUUUCCGAUUUGUCUAUUGCUUCGUUGGUUCGACGACUGUUCUGAGAUCACAAUCGGUGCAGCUUUUAAAAUGGUACAGAAUCAGCCGUUUGAUGAUGGGGAAUCAAUGGAGAUCUCUUCCAAGCACUUGAAACAAGUGGUUGAACAGAGUAACCAAAUACUGUCAUUUUCAGAAUCUGUGAUCCCUGAAGAUACUCUACAGUAUCAUUAUGCUCUAGGGGAUGAAUCUCAAAAGAAUGACACAGAAAUUGACGAAAAACAUUCAAGUGCAGUUUUCUUAGAGCCGCACGGAAGUGACUUCGAUACUAGCAUUCCUGGCUGCAUAUCCUUCUCCUCUGGCGCGAACAACAGCAAGGCCCCUGAAGAGGGGUCCCCAUCUAAAUCUCCUCGACAUUAUUCUAUUUCCUCAGAUUUUUUUAACCCUGUAAAUCAUCAGCGAAGAAUAUUGACGUACUGUGAAGAAAUAUAUUCUUUACUAUUGGACCACCCUCCUCAAAAAUCUGUUUCUAUUGGUCCUGAUCAUCAAGCUAUUGUACCACCUUGGAGAUCACGGGAUGUGGAGGUUAUGUCAUAUGUGUCUGGAUCAGAUUCAAAGUCUUAUCUUACAGGCGACGAAUACGAGAAGAGGUUGAUUGGCACCUGUGUUAUUCCAAUGCCGGAUGUGGAUUCACCCAUCAGUUGUAGUCAAGAAUUUGGGAGUGGAAGAGCAGCUUGCAGCUGUGAGGAUGGUGGGUCCGUGGGAUGUGUUAAUAUGCACAUUGCAGAAGCAAGAGAGCAGCUUAAAAGUUCUAUUGGACAAGAGAGAUUUGUGGAGCUAGGGUUUACUGAAAUGGGAGAGCAAGUAGCACAGAAAUGGAGUGAAGAAGAAGAACGAUUGUUUUAUGAGGUUGUCUUUUCUAAUCCAGUUUCAGUGGGAAAAAACUUCUGGGGUGAUCUUUCGGUCGUGUUUGCUUCCAAAUCUAAAAAGGAGAUUGUUAGCUAUUACUUCAACGUCUUUAUGCUUCGGAGACGAGCAGAGCAGAAUAGAUGUGACUCAUUAAACAUUGAUAGUGACAAUGAUGAGUGGCAAGGAACUGAUGAUUAUGGUGAUAAUGAACCUGGAAUGACAGAAGAAGAUGAUGAUUCUGUUGUUGAAUCACCACUACAUGAUGUUGGAUCUGGUUUUAAUCGUGGCAGGGAAGAUGAUUUGCAAGAGUACGACGAGGAUAUCGCUGAUGAAAGAUUUGAUGAUGAUGAAAGUGGGGGAAUUGGCAAUUGUUUUAAUAAUUGCGGUUCCACUCCAACGCUUCCGAACAAAAUUCCCUGCGACGAAAGGGGAGAACACGAAGUGCAAGAUGAUUCUUGCACGUCAUCUGACACAUGUCCUACAACUCAAGCACUUCCAGCCAAGACGGAGCAUUGUGAUCAAUGGCUGGGUAGUUUUACGGGGCCAAACAAUAGUGUUGGACUUGGACAUGAGCCGUCAACAGUUCAGGAGCAUUGUGAUGCUAAGGUGUGGGACGUUGGAUACUUGACUUGUUCGAAAAGUGAAGUUGACUUCUUACCAACUAGCAGUAUGAUAGAAGAAGUCUUUGGAGAUGAUUCGAGUCAUUACAAGGCAAUGGAUGGAAAGAACUUGAGUUAGUUGCAGCCUGAGCUAUCGUCAUCAUGAAUGGUAAAUUGGAAUGGGAAAAAAAAAAUUCCUUCUUUUUACCAUCAUGGGGUGAAUCACCCAAAAAUUUUCUCCUGCAUAUAAGUAGCGGUAGGGAGAGUUGCAAUUUUUCUUUCUCAUCAAGCUAUAAGAUGGACAGCUAGCUACCUUCCCUGUAAGGAGAUGAUAUACUUGAAACACAAUUGGUUUCCCUUCAAGAUAUCGUCGCUUGAUCAUAAAUGAAAAGUAAUGGACUCAUGUUACCUCAUGUGCAGAAGAAAAAGUGAGUUUUUGCUCAUCCAUUUUUUUAUUAGCUCAUUAUCUGUAUAUAGCCGUGAACAUGAAUAAUUGAUACAUAAUGGUUAAAAUAUGUUGAAAUUGCUUCGGGGACGUGUUUACCUAAUAAACUAAGUUGUCAAGUAUUAUAGCAG